AUGUUGGGGAAGCGAGAAUCUAUCGAUGGCGGCAGAGGUGAAACAGACGCGGACGACGUCGGCGACAAGGACACGGGCGCAGCGCCUGCGGGAGCGGCUGCAACGGCCGGGCCCGGUGGCGUGGGGGCGGCAGAGAAGGCGGAAAUGACAAAAGGAGUCUUCAGCCCCCAGGUCUCAGCCUUGAACUCUGUCAAGGAUGGCUUCGGCGAAGAAAAGAGGGAAGGGAUACCGGCGGGCGACGAGACGAGAUCACCGACACCGUCACCAUCGAACUCGGACUACGGAUCGCAUCAGGGCAAGGGUCGUGGUGGGGCUUUCGAUUUGGUUGUGAGGACGCUCACGUGGACGCCGAGGAAGCUUCGAUACGACCCGGAGAACCCUCCGCGAUUUACUCUCGCGCUCAACUUUAUGUUUGCGGUGGCAGCGACGUUUACCGUAGCCAACCUCUACUACAACCAGCCGGUGCUGAACAGGAUCGCCGAGACGUUCGACGUCAGCUUCGAGAGGGCUUCAUCCGUGGCGACGCUGAUGCAGGCAGGGUAUGCAGCGGGGUUACUGUUUAUCUGCCCGCUGGGCGACAUGGUGCGGCGUCGGCCGUUCAUCCUAGGCCUCAUCUGGGUGACCGCCAUGUUGUGGCUCGGGCUCUGCGUCACGAAUUCCUUCACGGCAUUCCUAGCCCUCUCCUUCAUCGUCGGCGCCACGACCGUCACGCCGCAGCUCAUGCUUCCGCUCGUCGCCGACAUGGCCCCGGCGCAUAGGAAAGCGAGCUCGCUCUCAAUCACGACUUCGGGCCUGAUGCUCGGUAUGCUCAUCGCGCGUCUGCUGUCGGGUAUCGUGGCGAACUACACGUCCUGGCGCAACAUCUACUGGCUCGCGUUCGGGGCGCAGUACGUCAUCCUCGUGCUGCUCUUCUUCUUCCUGCCAGACUACCCGUCGAAAAACCCGGACGGGUUGAACUACUUCCGCGCGCUGUGGACGAUCGUGACGAUGCUGUUCACGGAGCCGGUCCUCGUGCACGCGUGUUUGAUUGGCUUCUUCAUCAGCUGCAUCUUCACGUCGUUUUGGACGACGCUGACGUUCCUGCUGGCGUCGCCGCCGUUCGAGUACCCGUCCAUCACGAUCGGGCUGUUCUCGCUCAUUGGCAUCGCCGCCAUAUGUGGCGGGCCGGUGUACGGGCGACUCAUCAUGGACCGAUACGUGCCGUUCCUGUCGUCUGUACUGGGACAGAUUGUGGUCCUUAUCGGAUGCGUCGUCGGAGCGUUCACGGGCGAGUUCACCGUGGCGGGGCCCGUGAUCCAGGCAAUCUGUAUGGACAUGGGCAUACAGACAGCACAGACUGCCAACAGGACGUCCAUCUACACCAUCAACCCAAAAGCGAGAAACCGCGUCAAUACGGCGUACAUGGUGUGUGUGUUUUGCGGGCAGCUGACGGGCACGGCGGUGGGUAACAGGUUGUACGCACAGGGCGGGUGGAAGUAUAGCGGAGGUGCCUCCAUCGGCUUCAUCGGGCUAUCCUUGAUCAUCACGAUGCUCAAAGGCCCAAGGGAGACGAGGUGGAUUGGCUGGAGCGGCGGGUACAAGCUGCGCAGGGACGACGUCCCCAAGAAGGCGGUCCCCGUGUCGCCCGAGGACGGACAAGGGGUAGGGGAGGCAGACGUGGAGAGGACGGGGGACAAGAGGACGGAAGCCGGAGCCGGUGGUGAGGAGGUUCGGCGGUGA